CGUUUUUGUGGAGCCCCCUGUGAGCACUGCACUGCUAUUCUUUGGGGCCUGUCAGGUAAACCAUCACUGAAACACACAGUAGCAUGGCUCUGAAUAAUCCCAACCCACUGGGACCAUGGAAGAUCACAGUUUAUGACCAGGAGAACUUCCAGGGGAAGCGUCUGGAGUUUACCUCAGCCUGCCAGAACAUCAUGGAGUGUGGCGUUGACAACAUCCGCUCCCUGAAGGUGGAGUGUGGAGCCUGGGCAGGAUAUGAGCACUCCAGCUUCUGUGGACAGCAGUUUGUGUUGGAGAGAGGAGAGUAUCCUCACUGGGAGUCAUGGAGCGGCAGCAACGCCUACCACAUUGAGAGGAUGAUGUCCUUCCGCCCCAUCUGCUCUGCUAACCACAAGGAGUCCAAGAUGGUUUUGUUCGAGAAGGAGAACUUCAUGGGACGCCAGUGGGAGAUAAAUGAUGACUACCCCUCUCUGCAGGCCAUGGGCUGGGGCAACAACGAGAUUGGAUCUAUGCAAGUUCAGAGUGGCUCCUGGGUGUGCUACCAGUUUCCUGGUUACCGUGGUUACCAGUACAUCAUGGAGUGUGACCGUCAUGGCGGCGAGUACAAACAUUACAGAGAGUGGGGCUCCCAUGCUCAGUCCUUCCAGGUGCAGUCGCUGCGUCGAAUCCAGCAAUGAGACCUGCAGCUGCCCCUCCCAGCCUCUCACUCUUUACCUCCUCCAGCUCCUCCUCCCCCUUCUCCUCCCUUCACCCAGUCAUUCCAAGCUUUAGCCAGCUCUGUCAGCCUUUAGUGAAAUAAGGCUGACACUCUGCCGGUGCUUCACAAUCAAGAUGUUUACCGCACUUUUGUUUUGUUCUGUUGCCAACUGAGAAUAAAGAGAAAUGAUGUAAAGAAAAAACAGUCACUGAAGAAAAGCCCCUGACUGACGCCCCACUGAGGAGAGACGAGGAGGCAGUUAAAAGCCUCAUGGCGGCAGGAUGCAGAUA